AUGUCUUCGUUUCAAAUUGCAUUCAUAGUUGCUGCUGCAGCGAUUGUGUAUCUACUCUGGACGAAAGAAAAUAUUCCGAUUGAUCAUUCUAAGAUAAAUGAUGUAUUGGAUAAAGAAUACGAUUAUAUAGUUGUUGGUGGAGGGUCCGCUGGAGCCGUAGUAGCCGCUAGAUUAUCAGAGAACGAGGACGUCAGCGUCCUUCUGUUAGAGGCUGGUAUAGAAUGGCACCACACUAUGCCUGUUCCCUCAGAGGCUGCAUUGCCUCAGCGGACCAAAAUAGAUUGGGAGUACAGAACAGUUCCACAAGAGCAUUGUUGUAGUGGUUUAAAAGAUAGGGCGAGUAGAUGGACGCGGGGCAAGGUGUUAGGAGGCUGUAGCUCACAUAACUACAACCAAUAUUGUCGAGGCAACAAGAAUGACUACAACAUGUGGGCAGACAUGGGUAACACUGGUUGGAGCUACGAUGAUGUCCUUCCCUACUUCAAGAAAUCUCUAACACAUCUCGACCCAAGCCUAGCUAAGUCAGAGUACCAUAGUACAACUGGGCCUCUCCAAGUGUCGUUUGUCGAUAAAGUAGAAUGCAUCCAGAGUGUAUAUGAUGCCGCUGUGGAGGCGGGUCUACCAACAACCAAAGAUAUAAAUGGAGACAAUCAGUUGGGCUUUUCCUAUUCUCAAGUCACGGUAGACAGUAAUGGAAUCCGUUCAAGUACAGCUGAUGCGUUCCUCUACCCAGCAAUGGAAAGAAAGAAUCUUCAUGUUGCCACGAAAGCACACGUGACAAAAGUUUUAUUAGAGGGUAAGAAGGCAGUCGGUGUAUCCUAUGUGAAGGAUCUGGUAAAAAGAGAGGUCAGGGCAAGGAAGGAAGUGAUUUUGUCUGGUGGGACAAUAGGCUCACCGCAUAUCUUACUACUGUCGGGUAUAGGACCAAAGAGACAUUUAGAGGAGCUUGGAAUACCAGUUGUUGCAGACUUACCAGUAGGCGAAAACAUGCAGGACCAUCCGACUGCAGACCAAGUCAGGUUCAAAACAAAUGCACACUCAAUUACGGAAAAAGAACUUCUUUCGUUCAAAGAAACACUCAAGUACAAGUUAUUUGGAACAGGCUUAAAAAAGAAUACACUAAACAACCUGCAGUACUUCAUGAAGACCCCAUAUCAGCCGAAGCACCACGAUUUCCCAUACAUACAGUUCAGUAUUUUAUCUCUCCUAUGGGGCAAUGAUAAGGGCACCGACUACAUAAAGGACAACAUGGGCUAUACUGACGAGGUAUGGGAGGCCUUGUAUUCGGACAAGGAUAAUGACGACAAAUACGGUGUUUCAUUUCUGGUCACUCUCCUACACCCAGCUACAAAUGGAACGAUAAGACUACGAACAAGAGAUCCAUUUGACCAUCCAUUGAUUCAACCUAAUUACUUUAAGGACCCAAUUGAUGUCAAACAUAUAGUAGCAGGAAUCCGUGUCAUUGUUGACCAAUUAGCCAAGACGGAAGCAUUCAAAAAGGGAGGAUUUGAACUUGUCAAAUCGCACCAUCCAAACUGUAAACAACAUGAGUUUAACAGCGACGAAUAUUGGGCGUGCUUCACCCGGGCUAACAUGUGGACUUUAUAUCACCCUACCUCAACCUGUAGAAUGGGCCCUGCCAAUGACAAGAACUCCGUAGUUGAUCCUCAACUGAGGGUGAAGGGUAUCAAGAACCUUAGGGUAGUGGACGCCUCUAUUAUGCCGUUUGUUGUGUCUGGUAACACUAACGCUCCUGCCAUCAUGAUUGCUGAGAAAGCAGCAGAUAUGAUUCUUGGUAGAAAGACUGUCUAAAUAAGCACCUUUACCAUCACUACCCGAGGCCUAAGAAUGCAAUUGUAAUCUUUUAAGGACGUGAUAUAACGAGAACAAGAGUCCACCUUAUUUUCAUCACACAUAAUCCAUUACAGAUUAGGGUAACUGCAUGUAGCUGAGUUGUGAUAUAGAGGACAUAAUAUCAGUUUUAUUGCACAUAAUCUUCUGUAAGACGUGAUUUAACAUGAACGAGAGACUACCUUAUCUUCAUACCACUUAAUGAAUGGGGAACAGGUUAGAGAUAUCUCGGGGGUCAUUAGCAAAAGUGUCGAAUAAUUUAACCUGAAUUCCUUAAAGCCCAUUCUGUCAUUCAAACAUAGACGUAGAAGUAGGUAAGGAAUAUUAUUGUACAUAUUGUAAUAUUGUAUUGUACUCCGC